UUCAUUGAUGGAAAAUAAACAGAAUUUUAGAAGGAAAAGGGCAAGUCCAAAUAAAAAUCCUCCUUUAUUAUCUAUUAAAUAUGAACUGGAAGAGCCAUCUGCUCUUCCAGUUAAAGAAUCAGCAAAUAUUUCUGGAAAAAUGGCAGCACUUCCUGGAGAUUUCCAAAAUACAACAAAUUUAUUUUCAGCAUCAUUUGAUGUAGCUGUGCCUGAAAGUAAGAAAAGGAAACCCCAAACCGCAAGAAGGGGAAAGAAAAAGCAAAAUUCUUAUGAUAGAAAUAUUAUACAACAACCUAAAAACAAUAUUUUAGCUUCUGAUGACUAUCCUGUUGAAUAUGGAAGUAAUUUAUUAAUUGAUGAGUCCGUAAUGAAUAAUAAAGGAAUUCCUUUUUUCUCAAAUGUUUUUGAAAGUUCUGUGACUGAAAUGUCAAAGGCGAAAAUGGUGACUGCCAAAAAAAGAAGUCCAGCAAAAAGAACUAGAAAUAAUCGAACUUCUGUAGUUUCAGAUAUUUCAAAUAAUGAUGUGUGCAGUUUUCUUACGCCUCCUUUUUCUAAUGCUUUGGAACAAAAUUGUCUGUCUUGCCAUCCAGCUAAUAUUUCAUUGAUGGAAAAUAAACAGAAUUUUAAAGGGAAAAGGGCAAGUCCAAAUAAAAAAUAUACUUCAAAAAGGAAUUUGAAAUCUUUAGAUUCUUUGAAUGCAAAUGAUAACAUGAAUGCUUGCAGUUUUCCACCUGACAAAAAAAAGAAAGGAAGCUAUCCUAGAAAAAGGACUGCAAAGAAAUCAAUCGGUAAUAUACAAAAGGAGUUAGAUAUUGUUGAAAGGCAGUGUUCAAUCAAAAGUGGCUUAGUAACUUCUGUUAAAAAAGAAUUAAGUGAUACAUUUGAUUAUAAUGAUGUCUUAAAGCAUAAAAAAUCUAAUAUUAAAGAAAUUGUAUAUUUUGAUGAUGGCACUGGUAAAUUUAUCCCGCUUAUUAAUGAUGUUGAUGCGUUGGAAUCCUCAAGUAUGAAUAUCACGAGAACAUAUGUUUCUAUGAUCUUUGAGGAAGAAACCUCAGUGGUGGAUGAAGAUACUGAAUGUUUCAAAAUUCCUUCCAAAAUAUCUAUGAAUAAUUCGGAUGCAAAUUUAAAAAACACUUCCAAUAAUUCUUCUAGUAAUGCCAUAUUUCAGCCUAGGUUGCAACCAGAUAAUCUUGUUCAAAAUAUUCUGGAUAAGGGUAUUUGUGAAUCUGAGUGCUUACUUCAGUUAAAUACUUCACAUACCAUUGACUCAAACAUUCCAAAUAUUAAAAAAGAACCUCAGGAUUUUUCUAAUAGUUCUGUUGAAAUGUGUUCAGUGGACAAAAUGAGUUCUGAAUCAUUAGCAUCUGAUUCACUCGGUUCAAAUACUGCAACUCAAAGAGCAAUUCAGUCUGAGUCAUCAAGUAUUCAUACUUCUCUAAAUUCUGACAGCUCUGGUGCAAAUGUAGAAAAACUUGCUAUUCCUGUUAUUAUAAAAAAAGAACCUAUAGAUUUUCAAGAAAAUGAAAAUCUAAAUAAAAGUGUAUCAAAAUCUGAAAGUUUCUGUCAGUUAAAUGCUUCACAUACCAUUGACUUAAACAUUCCAAAUAUUAAAAAAGAACCUGAACAUUUUUCUAAUAAUUAUGUUGAAAUGUGUUCAGUGGGCAAAAUGAGUUCUGAAUCUGUGAAUAGAAGUAAAACAGUGGAAUGCUCCGAGUCAUUAGCAUCUGACUUACUCAGUUCAAAUACUGCGACACAAAAAACGUUCCAAUCCGACUCAUCAAAUAUUCAUACUUCUCAAAAUUCUGAUAAAUCUGAUGUAAAGGCAAAUAAAAAUACUGCUUCUAAUUUUAAAAAACUGGAGCCUGGAGGUUUAAAAACAAAUAGUAGUGCCAUAUUGCGUGACAUUUAUCGUAACAUUAAUAAACUACAAAAAAAGGAUAAAGCUUUGGAAUCUAUAAAUGAGUUAGCUAAAACUUACGUAAAUGAUUGUCAUUCUGAAUCGUCAGUUUUAAAUUCAGAUAUUAUUGAAUUAUCUUCAGAUGAUGAUAAUUCAAAGACACAUGAUGUAGCUAUUCCUCAAUUUAGAACUUCUGUCUUAGGAUGUGGGCCAGAGUUAAGUGAAAGUAAUUCUAGAAGCAAUAGGCAGGUUUCUGCAAUCAAAUCUGAAUCUAUUCAAGGUAAAAAUUAUGAUUUGCCUUCUCGUACUUCUGAAUCUAUUCAAGAUAAAACUUGUGAAUUACCAUCUGUUAUUUUAUCAUAUAAUCAAAUAAAGAAAGAACCAGGAGUACCACCAGAUAUGGUUAAUAAAAGAAAGAAAAGAAAGACUUCUACCCUUAAGGUACAGACAUUUCCAAAGACAUAUGAUAUUAUUGAAUUAUCUUCAGAUGAUGAUAAUUCAAAGACAUAUGAUGUAGCUAUUCCUCAAUUUAGAACUUCUGUCUUAGGAUGUGGGCCAGAGUUAAGUGAAAGUAAUUCUAGAAGCAAUAGGCAGGUUUCUGCAAUCAAAUCUGAAUUUAUUCAAGGUAAAAAUUAUGAUUUGCCUUCUCGUACUUCUGAAUCUAUUCAAGAUAAAACUUGUGAAUUACCAUCUGUUAUUUUAUCAUAUAAUCAAAUAAAAAAAGAACCAGGAGUUCUACCAGAUAUGGUUAAUAAAAGAAAGAAAAGAAAGACUUCUACCCUUAAGGUACAGACAUUUCCAAAGACAUAUGAUAUUAUUGAAUUAUCUUCAGAUGAUGAUAAUUCAAAGACAUAUGAUGUAGCUAUUCCUCAAUUUAGAACUUCUGUCUUAGGAUGUGGGCCAGAGUUAAGUGAAAGUAAUUCUAGAAACAAUAGGCAGGUUUCUGCAAUCAAAUCUGAAUCUAUUCAAGGUAAAAAUUAUGAUUUGCCUUCUCGUACUUCUGAAUCUAUUCAAGAUAAAACUUGUGAAUUACCAUCUGUUAUUUUAUCAUAUAAUCAAAUAAAAAAAGAACCAGGAGUUCUACCAGAUAUGGUUAAUAAAAGAAAGAAUUCUUCUACCCAUAAGGUACAGACAUUUCCAAAGACACAUGAUAUUAUUGAAUUAUCUUCAGAUGAUGAUAAUUCAAAGACAUAUGAUGUAGCUAUUCCUCAAUUUAGAACUUCUGUCUUAGGAUGUGGGCCAGAGUUAAGUGAAAGUAAUUCUAGAAGCAAUAGGCAGGUUUCUGCAAUCAAGUCUGAAUCUAUUCAAGGUAAAAAUUAUGAUUUGCCUUCUCGUACUUCUGAAUCUAUUCAAGAUAAAACUUGUGAAUUACCAUCUGUUAUUUUAUCAUACAAUCAAAUAAAAAAAGAACCAGGAGUUCUUCCAGAUAUGGUUAAUAAAAGAAAGAAAAGAAAGACUUCUACCCUUAAGGUACAGACAUUUCCAAAGACAUAUGAUAUUAUUGAAUUAUCUUCAGAUGAUGAUAAUUCAAAGACAUAUGAUGUAGCCAUUCCUCAAUUUAGAACUUCUGUCUUAGGAUGUGGGCCAGAGUUAAGUGAAAGUAAUUCUAGAAGCAAUAGGCAGGUUUCUGCAAUCAAAUCUGAAUCUAUUCAAGAUAAAACUUGUGAAUUACCAUCUGUUAUUUUAUCAUAUAAUCAAAUAAAAAAAGAACCAGGAGUUCUACCAGAUAGGGUUAAGAAAAGAAAGAAUUCUUCUACCCUUAAGGUACAGACAUUUCCAAAGACACAUGAUAUUAUUGAAUUAUCUUCAGAUGAUGAUAAUUCAAAGACAUAUGAUGUAGCUAUUCCUCAAUUUAGAACUUCUGUCUUAGGAUGUGGGCCAGAGUUAAGUGAAAGUAAUUCUAGAAGCAAUAGGCAGGUUUCUGCAAUCAAAUCUGAAUCUAUUCAAGGUAAAAAUUAUGAUUUGUCUUCUCGUACUUCUGAAUCUAUUCAAGAUAAAACUUGUGAAUUACCAUCGGUUAUUUUAUCAUAUAAUCAAAUAAAAAAAGAACCAGGAGUUCUACCAGAUAGGGUUAAGAAAAGAAAGAAUUCUUCUACCCUUAAGGUACAGACAUUUCCAAAGACACAUGAUAUUAUUGAAUUAUCUUCAGAUGAUGAUAAUUCAAAGACAUAUGAUGUAGCUAUUCCUCAAUUUAGAACUUCUGUCUUAGGAUGUGGGCCAGAGUUAAGUGAAAGUAAUUCUAGAAGCAAUAGGCAGGUUUCUGCAAUCAAAUCUGAAUCUAUUCAAGGUAAAAAUUAUGAUUUGCCUUCUCGUACUUCUGAAUCUAUUCAAGAUAAAACUUGUGAAUUACCAUCUGUUAUUUUAUCAUAUAAUCAAAUAAAAAAAGAACCAGGAGUUCUACCAGAUAUGGUUAAUAAAAGAAAGAAUUCUUCUACCCUUGAGGUACAGACAUUUCAUUAUCAAGGGAAUGAAAGAAAUUCUUCAGGUGGCAAUUUGAAAGAAGUUUGUUUAUCAAAUGAAAGAGAGACUUCAUUUUCAGUUUUGAAUGUUGAUAAAAGACCAAAGAUAGAAAACUCUCAACGUACCAGUUCUUCUCGGAAUGAAUCAACUUUUGUAGAAACAAGACCAUUACCAACUGCUUGUAGAGCAAAUGCAACUUUCAAAAGUCAAGGUAUGGCUGGUGCUGUAAAAAGUUUUGUUUCUUCAAUUACUUCUGUCAGUACGAAAAAAACAGUUAAGAAUAGUUCUGAAAGUAAGAGUAAUUCCUCAAAUUCUAAUUCACUUCAUUUGAGGAGCAAAAUUAAUAAUGAUCUAGAAGAUGAUUUAACAAUAACAACUGAUGAUUCCUUUAAGAACUUAUUAGAUCUUAAUACAUCAGAAUUUACUGAUAAAAAAUCAUUAAAAGAAUAUAAAAAGUGUGCUAAUACUCAUAUAGAUAGUUCUAAAACGCUGGAAAACCAGAAAAAUUUGAAUCUCAUAGAAGUAAAACCUGAAGUAACUGCAGAACACAAUAUUUCAUCAGAUGAAAUUUCUUUUAUUGUAUCUGAACAGGAUGAUAUUUCUAAUCAAACUUCAGUUUAUGACACUUCAAGUAAUUCUAGAUCUGUUGCACCUAAUAAUAUUGCUGCUUCUUUUCAGUGCAGUUCUCCAAUAAAUUUAUCAUCUCCUGUUCAUGAAAUAAUGGAAAAUUCUGUGGAUAUCUCUGAUUCCAUCAGUUUAAAAGAAUCUGAUCUUUUGGCUAAUUUUAAGAAGAAUAACUUAAAGUUUUGUAAGCAUCCAUAUCCAGGUAAUAUUCCAUUCUAUAAAAGGAAACCAUAUACUGGAUGUUAUUUUAGGUAUGAUAAAGAAAUCUCGAAUAUAACAGUUGAAGAUAUAGGAAAAAAGUUAAAAGAAGCCGAGAAUCAGGCACCUGAAGAUCCAGCUGAUGGAAGAAAGCUGGAUUUUAAUUCUCUUAUUCCGGAAGAAGUAGAGUGUUACUAUCGAGUUUUGACAGCAGAACCUUCUAAGACAUUAAUUUCCAAAUAUCUCCAAAAAUCUACAGUUUCUGCAAGGAAUUGUAAUUAUCUAGAUGAAGUCAUAUGCCUUAGCUCUCCUAGAACUGAAGAUAAUGCAUCUUCUGUAUCUGAAACACCUAAAAAAGUUUUUGCUGAUACAGCUUCAGCAAGAAAUUGUAAUUCUGUAGACGAUGUCCUGUGCAUUUUUAGUUCUCCUAGUAUAGAAAAUAGUGCAUCUUCUGUAUUUGAAGUAUCUGCAAAAGUUUCUGCUGAUAAAAGUGUUGACCAAGAUGCAAAUGAAUCUUUGGAAACUAAUAAAACCUUUAUUACUUCUUUAUCAGAACAGGAUAAAGAACUUGGUUCUACUUUUACAAAUGAUGUAAUCUUCCAAAAGGGGACCAUUAAUUCUUUAUCAAAAAAUGUAAAAAAUUCUCAGCAGUUAAAGCCAUUAUGCAAUAAUGCAAAUGUUCCUGGAGUUUCAGAAAUAAAUAAUAAACUCCAAAUAGACUCUCAUGAAAAUAUAACUAAAGGUCCAGAAUCCAUUUCUGAAAUAAGUUCUGCAGCUGAACAAAUAAACUUACUUCCAUCUGUAUCAGCUGUAAAAGUUUCUACUUGCACAAAUAUUUUCCCAAGUAAUAAUAGUAAGCAGUCAAAUAAAAUUGAUUCAUCUAAUGAAAUGCCAGAAGGUACAUUGUCUAAAAUUGAUGAUAGUAUGUUAGACAAUGAGAAGUCAGAUUUAUCUACCAGUAUGCAGAAAAUCUUGAAUGCCAACCUUCCUUGUGAAGUUUUAUCUUCAGAUAUGACACCAAACAACAAGCUGGUAUCACUGAUAGAUAAGGCUGACAGUUUUAUAUCACCAACUUCUGAAGUUGAGUCUUUUGUAAGUAAAAGUAAUUAUCAUUCUGAAAAUAUAAAUGAUGAAUCGUUAAAAGAAAUUCCAUGUGAUUCAAAUAAUCCAGUCUUGCCAAUGAAACAUUGUUCUGUUAUUAAUUCAAUCCAUGAACAAUCAUUUACUGAAUUUAAUGUGGUACAUUCAGUGCAGCAAACUUCAUCAAACCUAAAUAACUUAACAAGUCAAUUAUCAAAAUCAUUUUCUGAUAAUCCCGAACACCUUUUAAUACCUGGAAUUUCAGAAAAUGCAACAUCAGAAUCUUCUAUAAACACUCAAAUUGAAGAACAGUCCUCAAGGCAGUUAUCUUUGCAAGUUAAUGAAUUAUGCCAUUCUGAGAAGGAUGACAAUUCUCAAACAACACCAUCAGUAUCAAAUACAGUUAAUGAUUCUCUUUUAAGAAAGCUAAAUUUACAUACUUCUGAACUUCGUAAAAUACUAGAAACUGUUAAUAUUCAUCCUUCUCCAGAAUGUAGUAAACCUAAUUUGUUAAACUUCAAAGAAACAUAUCAAUAUGACCAUACCCGACAUUCUUAUGUUUCACCUCAACAUGUUGUGGAUUAUGGGCAUGGCAUUUCAAUGAGUCGUGGUGAAGAAUAUUUUUAUUAUGAUAGAGAACCUCUUAUUAAGAUCCCUAUUGUACACGAUUAUGGUCAUAAAUCUGUUAAGGAUUUAGAUAUUGAUAAUUUGGAUACUACAAAUAAAGAAACUGUGUCUACAACAAUAAAAGCAAGACAUGAAGUUUCAGGUAAUACACCUAUUUGUUCUAAAUCUGAUUUAACACCUGAAAAUAAUAAAGAUAAUUUUAAUAAAAAUUCUGAAUUGCCAGUUCAAUCAUCCUAUGAGCAGCAACCUAGAGAAUCUGAACAAAAAGAUGAAAUGAAAGAAUCAGCUACUCAAGAUCAAGAUGUACCAAAUGUAAAACCUAAGUAUAUAACGCGGUUUCAAAGAGUCAUGGCAAGGGUGUCCUCAAAAAAGUCAUCCAAAGCCGAACCCAACAAUCUGUUAACAGAUUGCUUUCCUUUGAAAUCGUCUAAAAAGAGACCAUGUAUCAGAAAACCUAUGGCACUUGUACCGCCGUCCAAUCAAAAGUCUACUAAGAAUCCACCAAAACGGAAAAAAAUUGUUCAUUUGGAUAACAAUCCUUUAUCCUUGACAGAUUCUAAAAAUAAUAAAAAAACGAAAAAAUGUAAGAAAAAUAAAAGUACUAGUAGAAGCAAAAAAUCCACAAAAUCUCCACCUAGAAAUAAAUCUAUAAGCGAUUUAUCAACUUUAUUUCGACCUGAUAAAAUAGUUAAAGCAGAAGCAAAAGAAGAGUCUUCUAGUAAAAGUAAUUCUGUCAAAACUAAUGAAAGCCAUGGCCGUCGUGUUUAUGGUAGAGUUACUAAUCGUGGUAGUUUUUUGACACAGUCCUCUAUAAAUCAGCCUCCAAAACCUAUUGGUAAAAGAGGUAUAAAUAUGAGGAAAAUUACUAAAGUUCUUCCAGAUGAAUUACAUUCAAUGAUUCAUUCUCCAAAGAUUGAUAUUUUUCCAACGAGUAAGAAUAUUCCUACUUGCUCUGAUAAAUUGUUUAAAUCUGUUAAUAGAAUAGGAGGAUCAACUUCAUUCAUUGCAUCAGCUAGUAAAACAACCGUAAGUACUAAAACUAAUUUUAAUUCUUCUAGCUCGGUUUUUAAAUCGCUGCUUCCAAACCCAAUUAUGAGACCACCACAUAAGGAUCCUAGAACUUUGAAAAGUGUGUCACCUGAUAUUACUUGCCAGUCUCUAAAUGAUUCUUCCAACUUUCUUAUUAGUCCUAAUGUGCCGACUAUUUUUCCAAAUGUUCCAUCAAAAAAAAGUUAUCUUCCAUGUAAUUCACCACUGCUUCCAAAUCCAGAAAUUAGGCCAGAAAGUCCUCUAAUAAGUAGAAGAACCUUACUUCCCACUCCUCAAAUUGGAUUUAACAAAACUGUCACAGAUAAUGAAGGAUGGUUUACUUCUAUUCAUGCUCAUGCUCAGAACUAUUCAAAUCCUUAUAGAAGUAUUCCAGUCAGAGAUUUUGAAUCAGGUGUUUCUCUAACAACCGAUUCACCAUCUGCUUUUGGUUCAUCUAAUAAUUUUAAUGUUCAGCCUUCUAGUUUGACUGAGCAAUCAUCUCCUAGUAUUGCGGGUGAUGUUCAUAUAUCUAAUCGUAGUGCUCAUCAUAGACAUUCUAGAACUCGUCAAACUAAAUGUGUUUGUUUACCACCAAAAUCAUUAAAAGCAUCUAUUGGGAAUGCCGUAUUUGACACAGCAGAUGUGCUUUUGUUGAUUUUAGAGUGGAAUGUGGAUUGGUUAGUUCAACAACAAAAGAAUCAUGAUCCUCCUCCAAUAUCUACAUAUAUUAAAAAAGUUGUAAAUACAUAUGAAGAUUUUGAUGAAUAUUAUAAUACAUAUUUACCUCUAAUGCUUCUUGAAACUUGGCAAAGGAUUUAUAUGUCUUGGACUAGUCUAAAUCAAGCAGCAUCUCCAUACUUUUGUGAAGUAACAUCUUAUUCCAUCGAGUGUAAUUGUAUAAAAGUACAAUGUCAGGCAAUAUUUAAGAGUUCUGAUGCUGAAAGAGGACUAGUUCCUGAAGAAGGCAAUAUUAUAAUGGUAAAAUUUGGAACUAAAGAAAAGGGAGGUAUUAAAAUAUUUGGGUAUAUUAGAGAUGUUAAAAUUGUACCAUUUGAUUCAUCUAUGAGUGCCUCUUUUAAAUAUUUAAAAUAUUCAUCUGGAGAAAGUUUACAGAUGCUUUUAUUGACAUUUUCUGGUGCAUAUUCAUCAGAUGAUUUUGAUACAAAUCAAUUGAUUCGUAUUCAAAUUCUCUAUAAUAUUAAGUCUACCCUAAAGCAAAAUGAGGCUUUACUGAAUCUUAAAAACUCUCCACUGUAUAAAAACAUUUUAAAUCCACUAACUGAUGGCUUGCGAAUCGUAACUUUGAAGAUUCGUAAUACAGACCCAGUAAAGGAUAAUGCGUCUCAGUGUGUGAGGGAUAUUGUUAAAGGUAUUUUAUCUCCUCAUCCUCUUCCACUUCUUACUGUAGCAAAAACAUUGCUUUCAUUUGAUCAUUAUUUAAUUCUUCCUUCUCUUAUUGAAAUGAUGAAGAACUCCUACAGAACAAAAGUUUUACUGUGUACACGUACUUCUAAAGCACUUACGGACAUUGGUAUCACUCUUUGUGGAACAUCAAUUAAAUUUGUCGUCUUGGGAAAAAAGUCCGAUAUCCAUCAGAAAUUGAGAAAAUAUCUUUUAGAAGAAGUUGCAAAUAAAAAACUGAGCAAAGAAUCAAGUGAAGAUGCUCUAAUUAAUGAAGAUACAAGAAACAGUUUGUUGGUGAAUAUUAAAUUGGAUAUAUUAAAAAAUUGUGAUGUAAUUUUAUCACUGAUACGCAACUGUCAUAAUGAGUUAGUUGCAGAGGCUUAUGCGGAUGGAGACAGCAUUGCACGGAUGUGUUGUAUAAUUGAUGAGGCCGGUGCAUGUACUGAACCAGAAAUUUUAAUACCACUUUUGUAUGGCAUUAGUAAAUUAAUCUUGAUAGGUGAUACUGAUGUUCCUGCAAAAGUCUGCUCAAAGGCUGCUGCUAAUUUUGGUUAUAAUAGAUCAUUGUUUCACAGGGCAUAUGAAUUGGAUCUUGCAUAUGAAUAAUUAGUGCGAUGUGUAAAUGUAAAAUGUUGGUUUUAAAGUUUUAUGUGUCAUAACUGUUAAUGAUACUUUUACUCUGUUUUGUUUUAGUCCAGAAUUACUUAAAACAAAUUCAUUGGCAUGGGUUUGCUUUUUUUAUAUAGAUUAAUAUUAAUAUUAUUG